CAGGACCACACCGACUGGUUUGCCUCAAGAUGCUGGAAUAACGGCGAGAAAGGAACAUCUUCUGCUUCUUAACUGCGACCAGCUCACCCACUUUCUCCAAAAUGUCUGGGAAAAUUGAAAGCAAGCAAGAAUCCCAGCGUUCCCACUUGACAUCUUUUACGAUGAAACUAAAGGACAAAUUCCACUCUCCAAAAAUCAAGAGGACGCCAUCAAACAAAAAGUCCAAACCACCACCAGAACAACCUGUGAAGUCCCCAGAGAAGACUGUGACCAAGAGUCCUAGUCGAUUAGAGGAGCACGAGAAAGAAGUGGUCAGUGCUUUGCGGUACUUCAAGACGAUAAUUGACAAGAUGGCAGUGGACAAGAAAGUUCUGGAAAUGCUUCCUGGAUCAGCCAGCAAAGUGCUGGAGGCUAUCUUGAGCUUGGUACAACUAGAUGGCAAGGUAUUGAGCAGUUCACGUGUGUCCUCCUGUCUGAAUCGGCUCUAUCAGAGUCUUGCAAACCUCAUACGCUGGUCAGACCAAGUGAUGCUGGAAGGGGUGAAUUUGGAAGAUAAAGAAACCAUAACAACCGUCACCACUGUGAUCAAAGCAGUCCUAGAUGGUGUAAAGGAGCUUGUUAAAGUCACCAUCGAGAAGCAGGAACACCCCUCCCCCACGACGCCCAUCAAAACCCUUCCCCCUGUCACCAGUCCACAGCGUGUUCCAGAGCCCCCUGUCAUUGAGAUGAAGGAAAUCUUGAAUGAUGCCCCUGCCCUGCUUGAGACCAUAGAGACCCCAAAUAACAUCCCUGAUGAGGAGCUGGCCCCUCCUAAACCCCCUCUACCUGGACUCAAAGUGCCUGAACACUGUCCACCGGCUCUCCCCCCAAAGAAGCGUCAAUCAGCACCGUCUCCCACAAGGAUUGCCGUGGUUGCGCCGAUGAGUCGUACCACAAGUGGAUCAAGUCUUCCUAUUGGUAUCUGUCGACAGGAUUAUGAGGCAGAUGCAUUACAGAGGCGUUUUUCGGGGGGCAGUCACUCUUACAGAGGGGAAUCACCACGACUUUCCCCCUGUGGGAGCAUAGGCAUACUGAGCAAAUCAGAUGAACAGCUGUCCUCACUGGAGCAGGACAGUGGACAGUGCUCUCGUAACACCAGUUGUGAGACUCUAGACACAGCAGAGACCUACGAUCCAGACUACGACUUCCUGCAUCAGGACCUGUCUAGCAUCGAUCAGAUCUCUUCCACACACACAGGGAGUUGUCUAAGCCCUCUCCCUGAGUCUCAUCAUGAAUCAUCCCCCUUCCCUGUCCAGCUUCAAUUAAUACCACCCGCUCUCCCGAAGAAGGAACGGCGUCCACCUCUGCCGCCAGUGGAACGGCUCUACUCUCAAUAUGACAACAUUCCAGAUGAGGACAUGCAGACUCCACCCUUCCCCCUCUUCACAUCAAUGACACCCUCGAACGCUGGAGUAUUUAUGGGAAACUUCAGCCCUGCUCAGAACUCUCACAUACCCCUGAGCCCCCCGCCCCUGCCGGAAAAGAAGAGUCGACAUAUCCUGCAAUAUAUGCAGUUUAUGGAGGACUAUUCCGAGCCGCUGCCUUCCGUUUUCUACCAGACGCCGCAGAGCGAAAGCAUUUAUGAGCAGCGCAAUAGGAAGCGUUUUCAGGAAGUGUACGGCCUCAGUGACUCCUUCAGCAGCAGCGAUGAGCCCCUCCCUCCACCAGCACUGCCACCCAAACAGAGACAGCUGGCAUCCUCACACUCUGCGUCUCCUUCCUCCUCCUCCUCUUCCUCUCUGUCGUGUCACCUGCAGCAGUGUGCUUCUGGGCCAGGCCCUGGUGAGACAGAUACUGCUCUCAGCUUGUCUGCAUCUUACUCCUCUCUCAGCCACCAGGGUUCCCUGCCUGCCCCUACGAGCGAAAGUGCUAUUGAUGAAGGUGGGGAGGGUGAAUAUGUCAAUCUGUAUUCAUCCAACCAGGCCAAUGGAGAUCUGACUCUCUCCAAUGGAGACUCUUCUUGUGAACCUGAGGACUCACUGCAGGACUCUGCAACAGAACACAGCAAAGAUUUGGCCGACAGAGAGGGCUGGAAGCAAAAGUGUGCAGACUCCGAGUUGACCUCAGAGCAGGUGGACGAGCUCUCGCUGAUAGACCAUGAAGAGAUCAUGUCUCACAUAACACUAAAGCAAGAGAAAGACGAUGGCCCUGAUGUCCGGGCUGGGUCAGGAGACAUUUUAUUAGUUCAUGCCACAGAAACAGAUCGCAAAGAUCGAGUUUUAUACUGUGAAGCUUUUUUGACCACAUACAGAACGUUUCUAACACCAGAGGACCUCAUUAAAAAGCUCCGCCAUAGGUACACCAGGUUUUCUCACAGUUCUGACAGUGUCAAACAACGUGUUAGUAAAAACACAUUCUUUGUGCUGGUGCGGGUCGUGGAUGAGCUUUGUUUGGUGGAGCUCACUGAAGACAUCCUGAAGCAGGUCAUGGAUCUAGUGUUCAAUCUGUUAAUUGACGGAGAGCUCACGCUGGCCCGAGUUCUGCGCAAGAAUAUUCUAGAUAAAGUUCAACAGAAGAAGCUGCUGCAGUACUCCAACUCCCUCAAAACGCUCGCUGCACGUAGUGUUGCUGCAAGACCUGGCACUCUGCAUGACUUCCGCAGUCAUGAGAUUGCAGAUCAGCUUACUCUCCUCGAUGCAAAGCUGUUUUAUAAAAUAGAGAUCCCUGAGGUGUUACUCUGGGCAAAGGAACAAAAUGAAGAAAAGAGCCCCAAUCUGACCCAAUUCACAGAGCACUUCAACAACAUGUCAUACUGGGUUCGGUCCUUAAUAAUCCAACAGGAGAAAGCCCAGGAUCGAGAAAAACUUCUUCUAAAGUUCAUCAAAGUUAUGAAGCACUUAAGAAAACUCAAUAACUUCAACUCCUACUUGGCAAUAUUAUCAGCGUUGGAUUCAGCACCAAUUAGAAGACUGGAAUGGCAAAAGCAAACUUCAGAGGGUUUGGAGGAGUAUUGCACUUUAAUUGACAGUUCCUCCUCAUUCCGGGCAUAUAGAGCAGCUUUAGCAGAUGUGGAGCCUCCAUGUAUACCGUACCUAGGUCUCAUCCUCCAGGACUUAACUUUUGUUCAUCUUGGGAAUCCUGACCUCAUUAAUGGAAAGAUCAACUUUUCCAAACGCUGGCAGCAGUUCAAUAUUCUGGACACCAUGAGGCGCUUCCAGCAAGUGCACUAUGAUCUAAAACACAAUGACGACAUUGUGUCCUUCUUCAACGACUUCAGUGAUCAUCUAGCUGAGGAGGCAUUGUGGGAGCUGUCUUUGAAAAUCAAACCUCGUAACAUUACAAGACGAAAAACAGAACGAGAGGAAAAGACAUAGUUCGCCUAAGUGACCCCGACCCCCAAUGAAAUGUCAAGACACAGCAAUUAAAAAAGUUACUGUAAUGGCAGCUACGAGACUGGAUACUGUAUUUAUGUUACAGUUGACCGAAACUUUUUUUUAAAUCAUGAUUAGAUUUUAUUUUGUAUUUGCACUGCAUCUUAACUUGUGUGUAAAUUUGGAGUGAAGCUGUGCCGAGCGCAGAGUUUCGUCGAAUACAUGAGAUUGAUGUUUGAGAUUAUAACCUGGGAUUUAAGGUGAUAUUCCAGGACCAUAUCACCACCUGGAUGUUGGUAAUGCAAUCUGGAAACAACACGACUCCAAUUGCAAACUAAUACCAUGAUGCCUCAUCAGGCACUGAGGAGGUUGAAGUUCCUUGAAGACCGAUAUUUUUAUUUAUUUAUUUUUUUAUGUUACCAAUGCACAUAAAGACUCUUUUGGCUUAAAGGGAUUGCUGUAUGGUUAGCUACUAGAUUGAACCGCUUUAAGCAUGUGUGGUAAUAGGUCAUUAUAAGGUCACAAGUUCAUUAAUAGUCAUUAAUAUAUUCCUCAUUUAACAGGCUAUCUGGCUGAAUCCAUUUAAUUCCUGUUUUACGUUGACCACAUUUGUUACUUUAAUUCUUCAACAAAAGUUUGAGAACCACUGACCUGAGGCCUAUUUAAAAUCAGUUGUCUUCCAAUUACUGUUAAUUAUUGCUACUAAUCAGGGAAACUCACAUUAUUUUGUUUACCAUUCAAGUUAUUUAUUUGUAUAUUUACCUUUAUGUGCAUAGAUGUGCUUACAAUAUGCUUUUUAUUCCAAGACCGUCAGCACCACUUAGAGAAGAAGAAUUGCGUCACUGUUUUUAUGGUACAUUUCAGUAUUUUUUCUCAUAAGAAAAAAUAUAACAUUUUGCACAACAGCCAGGUACAAAAUUUCACUUCGGUCUGACCUCCAAGUAAUAUUGCCGUGAUCAAGGACCUGCUAUCAAGUGCUUAAAGCUGUUCAUGUAGUGGUGUUAAUGUGAUUUUCUUUUUAUAAAUGCAGUUUUCCUUUUGUUUUUUAAAAGGAUUUUACAUGGACAUUUGUAGAGAUUUUUCUCUGGUGUGUGAUUAUAAAAUGUGCACUUUGAGGUUGAUUGGGGUGACAAGUAGAAAAUAAACUGUUGGGAAACAGUUUCAAAUGGCAGAUCACAGAUGUACAUAUGUACAGUCAUGUGAAUAAAUAAGUACACCCCCAUGGAAAUUGUUGGACUUUUUUAAACAUAUUUGGACAAGCAAACAUUUAUCAUUCCUUGGAACAGUGCCUAUUAAUAAAGUUGAUAUACUUGAGAAAAACCGCAAGGACAAUUAUCUUUUUCUAUCAUUUAUUCAACCAAAAUAUCAAUAGAUGUAAUAUUCUUCUGUGGAAAAAUAUUGCCCUCCUUUAGCAGAAAUAACUUCUUGUAGGCAUUUUGCAUAAUUGUCCACCAGUCUCUGACAUCGGCUUGCUGACAUUUUUGACCACUUUUCCUUGCUAAAUUUUUUCAGCUGCAUUUUAAUGGGAUUCAAAUCUGGGCUUUGACUAGGCCAUUCCAUAACCCUCCAUUUCUUAUUUUGUAGACAUUCCUUGGAGGAUUUGCUUGUGUGUUUAGGAUUAUUAUCAUGUUGAAAGGUCCAGUUCAACUUCAACUCUUGGACAGACAGCCUCACAUUAUCUUCAAGCAAUUUUGAAGAAUUCAUAGUUGAAUCAAUGACUGCAAGCUGCCCAGUCCCUGAGGCAACCCCAAACCAUUCCCACCACCAUGCUUCACAGUUGGUAUGAGGUUCUUCUCCUGAAAAGCUGUUUUUGGUCUGGGUCAAACAUGUGUACUUAUACUGUGGCUAAACAAAUCUUAACUUUGAUUUGUCUCUCCAGAGCGCGUUAUUCCAAAAAGCCUGGUCUUUGCCUAUAUGUUCAUUGUCAAACUUUGUUUGAAAUCUACACCACUUUUAGAUGCUUUUCCUUUUCCUCACAGUGGAAUGGUUUAUUUCAUAUAAUUUAGAGGUCUUUUGAAAUCCCUGACCAGACACAUAUGCAUCCACAACCUUUUUUCUGAAGGCCUUCCAGAACUCUUUAGAUCUUGGCAAAGAGAACACUAAACACAAUAUGUGAGAGGUUUAAUUAAGACAGGUUCCACCUGCACUCUCUAAGGAGUUUCUAAUCAUUGGCACCCAAUUUUGAACACCUGAUUCUAAUUUUAUGGAUUUGAAGGUGUGAUAAAUGUAGGGGUGUACUUACUUUUUCCCAUGUGACUGAUCUGUGUUUUUUUAAUUGUUCUUUGAAUUAUGAAAAUGUCUACAAAAUGUAAAUUGUAUGUGUCAUUUAAAUAUAUCAACUUUAUCAAAUGUUUGCUUGUCAAUAAAUCCAACAAUUUCCAUGGGGUGAACUUAUAUUUUUCACAUGACUUUAUGAACCGGAAUCCCUGCAAUGAUUAUCUGCAAACUGGAAUGAUGUUGGUUUAAAAUUCCAAAGACCACAGACCACAUAUCCCCAAUGUUUGAAUAUGAUGAUAAUUCAGUUGCAUAUCACAUACAACUGACAUGUACCUCUGUACACUGAACCCUGUGAAACCUGGUAAAACAAUACACAUAUCA